AUGGUGUCCAAGCUGAGCCAGCUGCAGUCGGAGCUCCUGGCGGCCCUGCUGGACUCGGGUCUGAGCAAGGAGGCGCUGAUCCAGGCGCUGGGGGAGCCGGGGCCCUACCUGCUGGCCGCAGAGGGCCCGCUGGACCAGGCCGAGUCCUGCAGCGCGGGCCGCGGGGAGCUGACCGAGCUGCCCAACGGGCUGGCGGAGCGGCGGGGCUCCGAGGACGAGACGGAUGACGAUGGGGACGACUUCACGCCGCCCAUCCUCAAGGAGCUGGAGACCCUCAGCCCCGAGGAGGCGGCACAGCAGAAGGCCGUGGUGGAGACGCUGCUGCAGGAGGACCCGUGGCGCGUGGCCAGGAUGGUCAGGUCGUACCUGCACCAGCACAACAUCCCGCAGCGGGAGGUGGUGGACACCACCGGCCUCAACCAGUCCCACCUGUCUCAGCACCUCAACAAGGGCACCCCCAUGAAGACGCAGAAGCGCGCCGCCCUGUACACCUGGUACGUCCGCAAGCAGCGAGAGGUGGCCCAGCAGUUCACCCACGCCGGCCAGGGGGGGCUGAUCGAGGAGCCCACGGGCGACGAGCUGCCCACCAAGAAGGGGCGGAGGAAUCGCUUCAAGUGGGGCCCCGCGUCGCAGCAGAUCCUGUUCCAGGCCUACGAGAGGCAGAAGAACCCCAGCAAGGAGGAGCGGGAGGCGUUGGUGGAGGAGUGUAACCGGGCUGAGUGCAUCCAGCGGGGAGUGUCGCCGUCACAGGCCCAGGGGCUGGGCUCCAACCUCGUCACCGAGGUGCGUGUCUACAACUGGUUUGCCAACCGGCGCAAGGAAGAAGCCUUUCGCCACAAGCUGGCCAUGGACACCUACACGGGGACGCCCCCGGGGCCAGGUCCCGGCCCCGCGCUGCCUGCCCAUAGCUCCCCGGGCCUGGCCCCGGCCACCCUGUCCCCCAGUAAGGUCCAUGGGGUGCGCUAUGGACCGCCCACUACCAGUGAGGGAGCAGAGGUGCCUUCCAGCACUGGGGGGCCGCUGGUGACAGUGUCUGCGCCCCUGCACCAAGUGUCCCCCACGGGCCUGGAGCCCAGUCACAGCCUGCUGAGCACAGAAGCCAAGCUGGUCUCUGCCACCGGCGGUCCCCUGCCCCCGGUCAGCACAUUGACAGCGUUACACAGCUUGGAGCAGGCGUCCCCGGGCCUCAACCAGCAGCCCCAGAACCUCAUCAUGGCCUCGCUGCCCGGGGUGAUGGCCAUCGGGCCGGGGGAGCCUGCCUCCUUGGGGCCCACCUUCACCAACACCGGGGCCUCCACCCUGGUCAUUGGCCUGGCCUCCACGCAGGCCCAGAGCGUGCCGGUCAUCAACAGCAUGGGCAGCAGCCUGACCACACUGCAGCCCGUGCAGUUCUCCCAGCCGCUGCACCCGCCCUACCAGCAGCCGCUCAUGCCCCCCGUGCAGAGCCACGUGACCCAGAGCCCCUUCAUGGCCACCAUGGCCCAGCUGCAGAGCCCGCACGCCCUCUACAGCCACAAGUCCGAGGUGGCCCAGUACACACACACGGGCCUGCUCCCGCAGACCAUGCUCAUCGCCGACUCCACCAACCUGAGUGCCCUGGCCAGCCUCACGCCCACCAAGCAGGACACUGCUCUGCCCGCACAGGUCUUUGCCUCGGACACGGAGGCCUCCAGCGAGUCUGGCCUGCACACACCGGCGUCCCAGGCCCUCCCCCUCCCCAGCCAGGAGCCCGCGGGCCUGCAGCACCUGCAGACGGCGCCCCGGCUCAGCACCAGCCCCACCGUGUCGUCCAGCAGCCUGGUGCUAUACCAGAGCUCCGAGCCCGCCCCCGGCCACAGCCACCUGCUGCCCUCCAACCACGGCGUCAUCGAGACGUUCAUCUCCACGCAGAUGGCCUCCUCGUCCCAGUAG